UCCCGAGCCGCCAGUGCUGCCCAGGAGCGCUACGAGAAGGAGGUGGUGCUUCACGGGGCCGACGUCGAGGCCCUCCGCACCGCCCGCGCCCAGCUCAGCUCCGCCUCGGGGCGUCUCCGCGGGGCGCAGGAGGAGGCUGCCCGGAGCUCCAUGGAGCUGGCCAGGCGGCGGGCUGACGUGGAGCAGCAGCAGCAGGCGCAGAAGGAGGAGGUGGCCCGCCUGGCCUCACGAGUGGAGGAGCUGCAGCAGCAGAACUCCCUGCUGCACUCGCAGCUGGAGACCGUGAGCCAGCAGAUGCUGGCAGCCGUCAAGACCUCUGCCAGCAUCAGCGGCAGCAGCAGCAGUGGAGCAGCAGCAACAGCAGCAGCAGUAGCAGCUGGUACAGCUGCUGACGGACAGCCGGAGCCCGGCAUUGAGGAUGGCAGCGAGAGGCUUUUAGAACUACUCAGGUUCAUGCGCAGGGAGAAGGAGAUAGCGGAGACUCGCCUGGAGGUGUCGCAGGCCGAGGGCGUGAGGCAGAAGCAUCGCGUCACUCAGCUGGAGCGACAGCUGGCAGACACUCAGAGCAGCCUGGCCACGCAGAGGGAGAGCGUGCAGCUCAAUGCGAAGUCUCUUGCCCAGCACGGGGAGCUGAUGCAGAAGGUGGAGACUCUCAGCAUCCUCACCGAGUCGAAUCGGCAACUGCGUGAUGACAAGCAGCGUCUGCAGCAGCAGCUGCAGCAGGAACAGGCCAAGGUACGUAAGCUGGAGGGAGACAUCUCCCCGCUGCAGGAGGCUAACAGAGAGCUGUGUGAGAGGAACGGGGCUCUGCAGGCCGAAAAGAGAGCCGGGGACGAGGAGCUGAAGAGGUGGAGGGCCCGAGCACAGCAGCUGCUGGGGCAGCAGAAGGCGAGCGAGUCGGAGGAGUCUCGCCGUGUGCAGGCCGAGCGAGAGGCUGCUGCUCGUCGGGCCCAGCAGCUGCACGAGGAGACGGCAAAGUUGAGAGCCGAGGUGUCAAGGCUGUCCGCGUCUCUGGGCACGUCCCAGUCCCAGGCGGUGUCUCUCCGAGCGGACGUGGCCCGCGUCUCCGCCGAGAGGGACGAGCUAAAGAGACAAGCGGAGACACGGGCAGAGGACAUUGCAGACAAGGUCAAGACCAUCAACCAGGUCAAGAAGAUUGGCAGGCGCUACAAGGCUCAGUACGAGGAGCUGAAGGCUCUCCAUGACCAGCUGGUGGCGGAGAGGGCCCAGCAGGGGUCAGAGGUCGCCGCGGGCCCCCCGCCCGGGCCCGAGGCUCAGGCCCAGGCCCAGGCGAGCCAGCAGGCUUCGGCCCAGACGCAGGCCGAGCUGCAGCAGGCGGAGGCCCGGGUGAGGGCGCUGGAAACUCAGCUGGAGACAGCGCAGCAGGCGUUGCGAGUGCGUGACUCCGAGCUGGAGUCCCUGAGGGCCGAGGCUUCGGGCCGUGGCCGUGCCGAGGAGGCCCUGAGGGCCCAGCUGGGUGAGAAGGACGAGAAGGCUCGCAAGAUGCUGCUGGCCGCACGCAACAAGAUCACGCAGCUCAACGCCUCCCGUGAGCAGCUGUCACGUCAGUGCGAGGUGCUCCGUGAGAGGCUGGCGGCUCAGGACGCCACACGUGAGGAGCUGGAGGGCCGCCUCAAUGCCCUGCGCUCCCAGUACGAGCUGCGCAUCUCCCGCCUCGACCUCCAGCUGCAGCAGCAGCAGCAGAUGCAGCAGCAGCAGCAGCAGCAGAUGCAGCAGCGCCAGCAGCUGCAGCAGCAGCAGCAGCUGAUGCAGCAGCAGGAGCAGCAGCAGCAGCAGCAGCAGCAGGAAGGGAGGGAUGACUCAAUGGACGGAGGAAAGGCCUUAGAUGGACAGAGACCCUCUGACUCGCAGAGAUCCAUGGCACUCAAAUCCUCCACGUCUGGGUCGGGCGGCCUGGACGCCCCGCCCACGGUGAACAUCAUCAAGCCCACCCAGAUGGUGGCCACCUCCUCCACCGCCUCCACCGCCUCCACCGCCUCCUCUCCCUCCUCAUCAUCCUCCUCCUCCUCCGCCACCACCGUCACCUCCGCCGGCCCCAAAGCGGUCCCCGCCCCCAAGAGCAAGGCCACGCCCAGGGCCUCGAUCCGACCAAUGGUGACGCCCACCGCCGCCUCCUCCUCCUCCUCCUCGGGCUCCGGCUCCGCCUCCGGCUCCUCCUCCUCCGGCGGUGGCUCCUCCCUCACGCCCACGGCCACCGUCAUGCCCAUGGAGUCCAACGAAG